AUGGACCCAUGUUGCUCCCUGCCCAGCGGCAUCCACUUCAGGACACUGCCCUCUGGCAAUGCCCACUACUCCAUUCUCACCCCCUUCCGGGGAACUCAGAAAGACCUCAAGGAAACCACAACCCAGCAGGAAAUCCUUACGGGAAAGAGAAAAAAUACAUGCACUGAGUGUGGAGAAAACGUGUGUAACUGUUCAGCCCUUACAAAGCAUCAGCAACUGCUCACAGGAGAGAGGCCCUAUGAAUGCAGUGAGUGUGGGAAAACCUUCAAUCACCGAUCACGCCUUGCUAGGCAUCAGACAAUCCACACAGGGGAGAGGCCCUAUGAAUGCAGUGAAUGUGGGAAAAGCUUCAACUACAGCUCAGACCUUUCUGACCAUCAGAGAAUGCACACAGGGGAGAGGCCCUAUGAAUGCAGUGAGUGUGGGAAAAACUUUACUCAAAGAUCAGGUCUUUUUCAACAUCAGACAGUCCACACAGGGAAGAGGCCCUAUGAAUGCCGAGAAUGUGGGAAAAGCUUCACUAACAGCUCAGCCCUCUCUGAACAUCUGAGUAUCCACACAGGGGAGAAGCCCUAUGAAUGCAGUGAGUGUGGGAAACGCUUCAAUAGAAGCUCAGUCCUUUCUGAACAUCAGAGAAUCCACACAGGGGAAAGGCCCUAUGAAUGCAGUGAGUGUGGGAAACGCUUCAAUAGCAGCUCAACCCUUUCUCACCAUCGGAGAAUCCACACAGGGGAAAGUCCCUAUAAAUGCAUUGAGUGUGGGAAACACUUCACUACCAGCUCAAGCCUUAUUAGGCAUCAGAGAAUCCACACAGGAGAAAGGCCCUAUGAAUGCAGAGUGUGUGGGCAACGCUUCACUACAGACUCAGCCCUUUUUCAACAUCAGAGAAUCCACACAGGAGAGGCCCUAUGAAUGCAGUGAGUGUGGGGAUACCUUCUGUUGGCACUCAGCCCAUGUUAACCAUCAGAGACUCUGCAAGGGAGAUCAGCACCACAAAAACCUCUAGGGCUUAUCCAUACUUUUUUCUUUA